UCAGAUGAAUUAAAUUUAUAUGAUCACAUUUGUUUUGUUUUUUUUUUUAAUUAAGAGGUACAUGUAAUAUAUUUUUUUCCUUUUAGCUCUAUAGAAAAAAUGGAAAACCAUAUGUAACCAGUUCUACAAAUGCUGCCAAUAUUGUCAUCCAGUUGAAAAGCGAGCAGGUUGCCAGUACAAAACAGCUGGACACAGAUGACACGGAUCAAAACGCAAUAAAAACCUCCUUCACUGUCCACAAAUCUGGGUCAUAUAAAAUCUCAAUCAUGGUAUCAGGAAGGCAUGUUAAAGGCAGUCCUUUUACUAAGAGAUUUGAGCCAGGUCCCAUCGAUGCUGGGAAGUCCGGUUUUACAAAUUACUGUUCUACAAUUGUCUGCAGUGCUGGGAUGCCCUAUCCUCUUACCAUUGAGACCCAGGACUCCUUUGGCAAUCCUGCUGUAUACAAAGCUGAUCAAAAUAAUUAUUUCAAGAUUAAAGUUACAGAGACAGAAAGCAGUAGGCGAUAUUUCCCAGCCACCCAGAUGAUUUAUAAUCCCGACAAGAAACACCUCACAAUGCACAUUAAAAUGGAGCAGGAGGGUCAUUACCAAGCCACUGUAAGCUACGGGGAUGCCAAGCUGAAGAAUGGGGAAUUUAGCAUUCUGGUUAUAAAUGAAACCAGCAUGGAAAUGCUGCAAUAA